UCAGUGCGUGUGCACGAGGCUCCGCAAAGCUGCUGCUGCUCUGCUCUCCGGACGCGCAGAAGCAUCCUCAAACUUUGAUGAGCCGGAACCUGAACCGAGGCACCAUAGAAACAAAACUGACAUAGGCUACAACUGGAGUGAUCCGUUCUGUUAAAGAUCAUUUUUGAGGCUGCGUGCGCAAUUUCUGGUGGAUCAAGGUGAGUAGAAGUGCGAGAUUGAAAGUGUUUGUAGUGCGCGUUUUUAGAGAGACUGGAGCUGAUGUUUAUUUAUUCCUCUCUGUGUUGUACAAGUACAGGGGAAGUUUUGAGGAUGCCAUGAUUCGCAUCAAGAGAUUGGAUGUAUUUUUCUUCGUAUUUUGGAUUUUAAGUGGUCUUUACGCGCGUUUUCCAUGCUCGAUUUCACCUUAUUUACCCACCUUAUAUAACUGAUUCCCAUGUUUUCUGUUUAUUGACCACGUUGAGACUUAUUUUGAAGCCUCAUUUGUGUCAAUCGUACUUAACAGGUGUCAAAAUGGAAAGCACUCCGGUUGAAAUAUUCAAAGAAGAUAACAGUAAGUGCCUCUCCACAACGCUGGAGGACUGCGCAGUGAAUUCCUCAUCCUGGCUGUCCGGAUACCCAGAGAGCCUCAAUAUGACCCACGAUGAGAACUGGGAGGAGCAGGAGGGCAUGUCUCCCAUCAUCCCCAUCAUCACAGCUGUCUAUUCAGUGGUGUUUGUGGUCGGUUUACUGGGCAACUGCCUCGUGAUGUAUGUGAUCAUCAGGUAUGGUCAUCUCUUAUUAAAUAUUCUCUCUUGGAUAUUAAGAUAAAGAAUAAAUACUGGAGGUUUCAUGUUCAGAAAUGUUCUGUAAUCUGUUAUUUCUCCUCAUGAAGCUGCAUGAAGAUACUUGCUGGUAAAUUAUAAGUCCAUUUUGUGCCAAGCAGAUGAAUCCAUUUCUCCACAGUCACAUUAUAUUUUUUGGAGAGGGUAUUUGGCUUCCACACAGACCUCUGCUGUUUGGCUCAUGCCUCAUUUCCAUCACUCCUACAAUUUGCACUGUAAUGCUCAGCUCAGACAGCAGGAAAGCAGAUUUCUGCACUGGAUUGGUUAAAAGCUGCAGAUUUUGGAGUUUUAAUCCUCUGAGGAACAAACUCAAACAGAAAGAGUUGAGAUUAAUGCUGUCAUCUUAGAUUUGUGCUUAUAUUGACAGAUCCUGCCACCUUUAAUGGUUUAGCAGUGCCUGAAACCUUUAAAGUGGGUCCUUUUAUAAUUCAAUAACCCUCAAGACCUCCAAAAUAAUAACAAUAUACUGUAAAUCUCCUCUAGGCCAGUGGGUAUGAUAUUAAUCACAGUUGAAACCAGAGGUGCUUUAUCAAGCUGAUAGCCGCCUCGCACCUCAUUGGCUGUUAUUUAUGGUGUUCAAGAGCAACAAAUCUCCUUUGAUAUAAUGUGAAAUGCAGCAGUGUCAUCCUCAAAGCUUCGGCCCACUGACAACAAUUACCUCAAAUCAGGUUGAUUGCCUCGCCUGUCGGUAAAAGCCCAUUUUAUCACGUCAGUUCCAGUGAGGACUCAGAGUUUUAUUGUUUAGUUGCUCCUUGGAGGAGAAUAUAACUAAAGUUAAAGUGGUUUUAUGCUGAUUUAGAGCGAAGGAGUAUCUGGCAUUGCACUUGUUUGAGAAUUUAUCCAGUCAGGGGGAAACACAUUUGACUCACUGUGUGUUGAGUGGAGGUAUCUGACAUGGUAUUGCACCUUUUAUGGCUGUAGGUGGAUGAGGUCUAAUCAUGUAAAUGGACUUUUAACAGUAUUUGUUUGCUAACAGCUGGGAAGGAUCUCACUUCUAUUGCACAGUCUUUUAGCACCACAGAUGAUUCAGCUCCUUUCAGCAUGGUGUUUUGGCAGAGUUGGUGAAAAAACAAAUUUACAUCACACCAAAAGUUCCAAAACUUAAAAAAUGUAUACAUUUAAAAAGUAUUUUUUUCAAGAUGAUAAAGUAAUGUAAAGGAAGAAAAACAUUUUACAACAGGAUUUUUUUCUGGGUGGACAAAGCAUUAACUUGAACACACGUAAUUAUAUUGUGCCUAUUGGUUUAUAUUUUGUGUGGAUGCUACAAUAUUAGAAAACGACAUUUUGCAGCUUAAAAAUCACACACAGUGUUGCCAACUCCUCAGUAAGGAAAGUCGCUCAUGGCUGUUGCAAGAGUCGCUAGAUGACGUCAUUGCCUAAUUUGCAUAAUUUCUCAGUCAAACCCAAUCUUGCCGACGAUCCCCGCACCCCCUGGAAGAGGAGGAGGAGGAGUCUUCUGCGGGGUGUCCGAGUGUCUGUGUCUGUGUUUUUGAUGUACACCUGCUACCAGUUGAGAAGAGUAACAUCUAUUCUUGCGUUUAUGUUGGAGUCUCCAAACUCUGUAAAAGUCGCUAGAUUUGUCGCUAGACACUUUUUUGAAAAUAAGUCGCUAGGGGGGUCUGAAAAGUCGCUAAAUCUAGCAACAAAGCCGCUAGGCUGGAAACACUGAUCGCACAAUCAUAGUCGAUAUUGAAUCAAGCAAACUAACAGUAAACACAAUUAAAAAUAAGUGCUCAGUUUAUUACCAUGAGGAGCAGUUUGAAACUGAAUACCACUUUUUUUCUCUAAUAGCUGGUGGGGUCUAUAAACAGAGCUGAAAUCAGAGUAAUAUUUAUUUUAAUUUGGCAGGCAAAGAGAGACACUGCUUCAGAUUAAUGCUAAUAUCGCUCUUCGUGAGCUAACUAGCUAUCUGUUGCCAGAACAACUUUCGUUCAUAGAGGCCUCCCCCCAGAGGACGAUUAGCAUACCUUAACAUUUUUGCGGCGAGUAAAGAUAAAUGUAGCUCAUGAAUUUAUUUAAUAACUAUAACUUACAGCAGAAAUGUAAUGUGGUUUCUUAACCUCUUUAUAUCUUGUUUAAUUUGUUUGCUUAAAUUGUUAAUUACAGACCUUAGGAGUCGCUUUUAUUUCCAAUUCAGCGAUAAGCCACCUGUCCAGUUACAAUCAACAGCUCCAAAGAAUUACUUACUUUUUUCUGACUGUGUUCGUGAUUAAAAUCAGAUUUCGCUUUAUUUCAAUUUGAUAAGUUGGCUGUUUCUUUGAGUUUACAGUCUUAAGGUCCUUACACGGGGCGAUUAUUUCGGACGUCAAUACAAGCGUUCACAUCAGCGACGUUUUCCCGUCCUGCGAUAUUGCGGCAUUUAUAUUUUCGGAUUAUGGUCGAUUUUUCUAAAGUUUCACAUACUGUGUGUCAACUUCUGACCAAUCGGAUUGCGUGUUGUUGCGACAUCAGAUUCACUGGUAUAUCCAACAUGGCCGACCGGCUGAUUGUUUACAUGUCGGAGAACAGAGUGCUUUUUGAUAAAAAAUACAAACAUCCACAAUGACAACUUGUGGAGAGUCAUAGCGUCAGAUUUCUCAUAUGACGAUAGUUUGUGUGCUUGAACAGUUUGCUAAACGUCUUUGUUUUAACUUUCAUCUGUGCUAACGUAAGCUAACGGUUGUUAACAUAGUUUCAUGUGCUUAUCUGGUACUGGCCCCGACUCAGUAUAAGUGCUGACCGUUUGGCUUGAGUGUGUGAUGACGUUUUCAGCUUUUCUAGCCAAUCAGAGGCGAAGGAGGCGUGACUUUCCCCGGAAAAGUCUUCCCCGGAAUGCGUCUUUUUCCCCCCGGAAAGUCACAAAAUCGCAUCGGUCUUGAUGUGUAUAGUCAGGCACAUCAAAAUUCGCCUCUGAAUAUUUCGUAAUUUCACGUUCUAUAUUCGCAUCGGCCCCCAUGUGUAAGGACCUUUACUGUCAAGCUAAGUGGCUAGUGGCAUUUGCUGUGUAUUAAAUGCACAGCUAGAGACAAGUACUAACGUUUUCUGUCCAACUACUGUCACUUUUGAGCGUUUGUAGAGCAAAUUUUCCAAGAUAUAUAGUUUCUUUUAAAAAUAUGUAAUCGGUCUUAAUGAGAAUCCUGAAUGCAUUUUUUAUCAGAAAUGACGAUGAACACUUCCCGCUCGGUGCAACACUUCAGGGAACUUGUGUAGAAUGGUAAUGACUUUAUUGUUAUAGUUUUUAAUAAUUAAAACAUGCUUAUUAUUCAUGCCUAGUCACCAUAAAUCAUUUAAGUAAUUCGGGAGAUUGUGUUCUCAUUUCGGCGCGUCAUUACAUCCUGUAGGUAGCACCGUUUCUGAAACAGAAAUUAAAACUUUAAAUUAGUCUUGAGGAAAAAUCUUUGCAGAGGUCAGUGUGUACUGUUUUAAUGCUAUUAUAAUUUAAUGAAGUGAAAUGAAGUUGAUUAUACAUGGCCUGCAAUCAAGUGGCAUACAAUACAUAACAAUGAAGAGUGAGUCAGAAAAUUGCAUUACGGAUUCAGGGAGGCAGGGUGGACUAAUGGACAAUGUUUAAUUCAUACUGAGCCAAUAAAGAGUCAGCAGAGUGAUAUAGAGCGGGCCAAGGCAGCCUGGACAGAUGUUUGGCUUCGGUCUGACCUCGUGCUCUGCAUGUUUCACAGGUACACAAAGAUGAAGACAGCCACCAACAUUUACAUUUUCAACUUAGCUCUGGCGGACGCCCUCGUCACUACCACGAUGCCCUUCCAGAGCACCGACUACCUGCUGAACACCUGGCCCUUCGGUGAGGUUGUCUGCAAGGUCUUUAUCUCCAUCGACUACUACAACAUGUUCACCAGUAUCUUCACUCUCACAAUGAUGAGCGUGGAUCGGUACGUGGCCGUGUGCCACCCAGUGAAAGCUCUCGACUUUCGCACGCCGCUUAAGGCCAAGAUGAUCAAUGUGUGCAUCUGGAUCCUGUCGUCUGCUGCAGGGAUUCCCGCUUUUGUUCUGGGUGGCACGCAGACAAAGAGCGGUGAGAAAAUGAAUUCUUCUUUUGCUGAAUAAUGUUGAAAAGUUUUAGCAAAUAUUUCAAAAUAAAGACACCCGCAUUGACGCCAAGAGAGAGCAGCACUCUAUAUUCUAUCAAGUCCAUCUUUCAGUACAGGGUUUUCCAUUAACUACACAUCAUGCUUUUUCUUCAGGAAUAUAGAUAAUGGAUAAAAAAGCAAUUUAAGGCAAAAAAAUCCCCUUUUGAGUGCAGAUAAGCUGCCUCCUGACAGCUCACUAAAUUGGACACAGAGAAGCACAGAGGAGAAUUUCAUUUAUGAUAAAAGCUGAAGUGCACUUCAUCGCUUAAUUUACCUCUUCUCCUUUCCUCCUGCAGAAAUAACUGAGUGUGCCUUACAGUUUCCAGAGCCAUAUGUCUACUGGGAUACGCUGAUGAAGAUAUGCGUGUUUGUCUUUGCCUUCGUCGUGCCUGUCCUCAUCAUCACCGUAUGCUACUCCCUCAUGGUCCUGCGGCUGAAGAGCGUCCGAAUGUUGUCCGGCUCACGAGAAAAAGACCGAAACCUGCGCCGGAUAACUCGCCUUGUGGUAGUCGUGGUGGCCGUGUUUGUAGUCUGCUGGACGCCCAUUCACAUCUUCAUCCUGGUGAAGGCGUUAGUGAGCAUACCAGAGACUACAGCCAUCAUGGCCGCUUACUUCUUCUGUGUGGCUUUAGGCUACACUAACAGCAGCCUCAAUCCUGUCCUCUACGCUUUUCUGGAUGAGAACUUCAAACGCUGCUUUAAAGACUUCUGCCUCUCGGCUAAAUUUAAGGGCGAGAAGAUGUCAGGGAGCAGGAGGGUGCCCGGCAGUGUGCGGGAGAACGCCAUGCCCAUGGAGAACCAUGACGGGACUAGUAAACCCACAUGACUAGCAGUGGAACUGUCUUCAAUCUCACACAUUGGAAAAGAAGACUCGCAGGACCUGGGCCUAACCCAUGUCACGACGGCAAUGUAGAUUGAACUCUGUUACAGAGACUCUUUGUUUUUGGUUGAAACGAUGCCGACACAGAGAUGAUUUCAUUUCUUCUCCAAAUCAUCCGUAUUGUAUCCAGACACCUUCAUGACUGUGACCUCUUCACUUUACAGUUUCUUUCAUCAUUUUGAUUGAUUUUUUACGGUUUUCAAUUGGUGGGUUGGGACAAAGUUGGGUUGUAUGGUCAUUGUCAGUGGGUUAUUCUUUAAUGCACCUUUAAUAUUCAAAGACACAUUUCUUAUCACACAGAGUGCUUGCAGUAGUUGAAUACUUUAUUUACUCUCCAACACAGCAGGGGGCAGUAAUGCACAAUUAUGCUGGUUGAAACCAAGCUGUAACCUCUGGUGUUGAAUGAAUGAAGCCAAUGCAGAAGUGCAAAAAUGACCCAGUUCCUUUAGCGUCCACUUAAGAGUGACUCAAAAAGCCAAGAAAUCCAAAUUCAGUUCCAUACUGGAAUGCCCAGUAAUCGUGUUUACAUCCAGGUACAAAAACAAAGGUUGUCAAAACCAUAGACAUUAUAUACGUAGAUGCCUCAUUACGUGCUGGAGCGUAAUCCAGUUGUAAUAAACCAAACAGUGUGAAAAUCGGGCAGAGAUUCGGAGAGUUAUUAUUAAUAUGAUUGGGCAUUCCUACCUACCUUAAUGCAUUGGAGGCGCAUGGGGGACCCAUCCAAGAUGGCAGCUGCGCUGAUACGUGAGCUCCAAUAGGCAGCACCAGGCUUUGAGGCGUCUACGUAUAUUAUGUCUAUGGUCAAAACAGCUUAUUUCACUUUUCUUGGCUAUACGGGUCUGAUCUAGUCAGUGACUGGCAUUACUGAGCUUCAUAAUGCCUCUUAAGGAACCAAUGGGAGACAUCACAGGGACUAUCUAUUUAAAUCAACAUCAUAAGUGUUCGCAAACUGUGAAGCCAAAAGAUUUAGAGCUCCCCCUACAGGUUGGCUGAAGUAGAGGCCAAUAAACCUGCCUUUCUAAUGUUGACAGAUGAAACAUGGACCAAACUGUCCAACUAAAAAUAUAUAUCAAAUGAGAUUUUCUCAAAAUAUGGUUUCCGACAUUAAAACUAGAUGUUAUCAUACUGAUUUAUGUGCAAAUAUUUAUUUUUCAUACAUGUUUAGUUUUAGAUCAUUAUCAUGUUGUUUAUUCAUUAAUUAUGCAGACUAUAAAUUAUCUCAAUGAGUUGGGACACAAUGCAUUUGACAAAAAUUAAUUCAAUACCACAUUUAAAAGAUGUUUAUUAUUAAGUUUGAAAAAAAGAAAGCUCAUGAAAACUGAAAUUUUGUUUGGGUCAUAUUUUGAAAACUACGUUACAUCAGUUUUUUUAUGCUCAUGUGAUCCUCUUUUGUUUCUGUCUUUUUUAAUAAAACCACCAGGAUGUGCCUUUAAUAGUCCAGGAUGACGUGUUUGCAGCAGCAGGAAAUGACUGCAGUAAUGACUAUGGUAUCAGAUGCACAAAGGUUCAGGCUGUUAACACAUCAGCUGUGGUUUCAGCAUCAAUGUGCAAAAAUGCAUUUCACCUCUGUUAAGGAUCUGAAGUGUACUGAUGGACUAAAAUGUGAACCAAUGGAACAAUUACGGACUCUGGAGUUGGACUCAGAAAUAAACAUGAAAACAUACUGCGCUGCAUUGAACUGAAGAAGGCCAAGAAGAAAGCGGAAGAAAAGAUCCUGGACUUGAAUGUGCAUUUAAUAUUUGACAGAGGGCUCUCUAUCAGCUUUGACUCUGGAGUUUUCCAGUUUGAGAAGUUGUUUCAUUCAUAAUGUAUAAUUCAAUCACAGAGGCUGUUUAUGGCUACAGUACUAUACAUGUUGUCUACUGUUGCUGUUGAGUCUGAAAAUCUGCUCCAUCAGUGCAUUAUUAUGAAUAUUCUGAAAUCAAACACCUUCAACAGGUGAUGCAUACUACAAUUUACUCUAUCUCCUGUACAGUGCGAUAACAUGUGUACAAUACAUUGUUUUGUAUGAAUAAACAUUUUGCAAAAAACAUCUUCAAAAUGAACUGUAUUAGUAGCAUGCCAGUGAUCAUUGCAAUGAUAGUAUAAUACAACAUCUUCAGCCUAUAUGCUUGAUGGACUGUGCUGUUUUUUGAAUGUACUUCAAACAGGCUCUGUAUUAUAGGAUUGUAUAAAGUCAUUUUAGCAGCUUCUGCUCCAGUGCUUAAAGAAUAAAAUUUGCUCCAUUCAACA